UUGCUCAAUGCUGGCGAGACAAAAUGAUGGCUGGACGCGGUGACGAAUUGUAUCCCCCCUCCAGAAUCGUCCCACUUCUUUGGGCUGUUCCAAAACGGACAUCAAACUGGACGGUGUCGGAAGCACCGGGAGCAGGAAAUUAAUACCCCGUCCUUAAAUGGAUGGAUCCUGCUUUCUCCAAGAUUUCUUUUUUUAACUAGCCAGCAGUUCGUUGAGGAAUUCAAAUCACAUGUUGACAUCCAGAGGCAGCGUGCAGACAUCCACUUCGUGAUGAGCGACAGUGUCACCAAGCAGUACAUAGAGGAUUACUGCAUCAACAGAAUACGACGUGGCGAUAUCGAUCUGGAGAGCUACCGACAUGUGAGCCGGGAGCCCUUCAACAUGGUGGCCAGAAGAAUGCGGGAAAUAGGUGAAGAAAUAGAAAGCAAGAAUCCCGAAUUCUUUGCAGGAUGCUGCGAGCAGCUUCAAAUCAGCGAAACAACAGCAUAUGCAAAGUUCAAGGAUCUCGCAGAUGAACUCUUUAAGGACCAAGAAAAUGGGCAGAGGGGGACAUGUAUGUCCUGGGGCAGAAUAGCAGCCUUUAUCACAUUCAGUGGCCGACUGGCCUUGCACUGUGCAUCCAAUAACAUGGAGACGUUAGUCCCUAGUGUCAUCGGUUGGACGUCCAGAUAUAUUGACACCAAGUUGGUUGCGUGGAUAAACGACCACCAAGGCUGGAACGGCUUUCUGGAGUUCUUUGACAAGAAUCGAGUAAGGGCAAUGGAAGACGAACUCUUGAGCAAUGUCAUCGGCACAGCGUUAACGUACGGUGCUGUAGGCGUCGGGCUUGUGGCAGGACUUGCCAUGUUUUUUCGGCGGUGAGACUGGCUGGCCACAAAUUUAAAGACACUUUGCCCGAUUGCCUCACGUUGAUGGACAAGAGGAACUGAAGAAAAGUUGUCGUGGGCGGCUGUUGAUACCUCCACUUCCGGGUGGGGAUACCCUCAGCCUAGUGUUCCGUUGCCAAACUGGAAGAAUCGUCAUCCGAAUGCGUCUUGCCGCAAACGGGACAGAGUGCAGAAGAAAGCUGUAUUCUUAUACCUUUCUCCCUCCCCCAGCACAUUGUAAAGAGUGUAAAUACGGUACUUUAUGUCAUUAUGUAGGGUUUGUUAGAGCUGGGAAGAUCACAUUCAUCAACAUUGAGUUUCAUCAAAAAGUUGAGGAAGGAAAUGAAAAAAAAGAUUUCAAAAUUGCAAGCGGAAAAGAUAGGACUCUCAUUCAUUCAUUCAGGGGGUAUCAUGGAGUGACUUUGAAUAUCUGUCAAGAGGACAGAUCAACAAUGUAGGAAAAAAAAGUUUAAAUUGUUUAUUGCCACCCUGCAGCUGAAUUGAGUGUAAAAAUAUGCCGUGUAUGUCCAGUCUGCUGUCAAGCCUUUUGUGAAAUCCGGGCCACUAUUCAAGCCUCCCCUUCAAUAGCAUUUCCCAAUUCCUUUGGAAACAUGACAUGUUGACAAGGAUCUGAUUUCAGGUUCCCCCCAUGAAGGCUGAAUGGUAAGUCUGUUCGUUACAGCUGUGCGGGGCAAAAAAAAAAGUGGUUCUUUUGUCAAUUCACCACACCCACACACUCUGUCCAGAGAAUCAUGUGCAUGUCUGCACAGAUUGAUAUCGCUUUCAUCUCAUUGGAGAGACAGUGUUCUUUCUGGUGUCCGACCAAUUUCUGCGUCGGGGAGAAUAAUUGUGCAGGAAGUUCGGGAAGUUUCGUAUUUCACUUUCAGACAUCACCUUGUCUUCACCUUCUCUUGCAUGUUGUGGGAGUUAGGCAAAGUCCAAUAGGUGUUGAAUUACUAUCAUUGAACCACUUUUUCUAAUACUUAGAUAUUUAUGUUACAAUUUUCAGGUGUUGUAUGAACACAGUGCUAUUGUUUUGCACAAAAAGCUCCUCCCCUCACAUCAAAUAUCCCUUGUGCCGGCUUUUUUUUGCUUGAAUGUGCCGCUUUGGGAAGUCUGAAACCUGAAGAAACAUUGAAAGAAAAUCAACAUUUCAAAAGAAAGUCUCAUAUAUAAACAGGUUGAUAUAAAAACAACAUUGGACUGUAUUGUAACUAAAUUGUAGGUGCCAGAAACGGGGAACCCGUUUGUUUUUUUUUCCUCUUGACGUUUAGCGUUACAUUUUUCUGCUGAGCAUCAAUUCUGGGCCCAAUUUCAUGGCACUGCUUACCGCUAGCGAAAUAUUGGCGCUUAGCGCAGCAGAAAGUUCUCAACUUCUGUGCUUACAGCGAACAUGUUUCAUGGGUUAGUGAGGAAUUUCAGCUUGUUUGCCUGCGCACAUCCCGUAAGUAAGGAUUCUGUGCUCAAAGGGAUAGCACAGAAUUUUUCUGCUAGCCUUGUUAGCACAGAAUGGAGAUCGUAAGUGCCGAAUUCUGUGGUAAGCAGCGCCAUGAAUUGGGCCCUGGUGAGAGCUUUGUCUAUGAACACUUCAUAAUUUUAAGUUAAAAAAAAAAUUGAAGUUAAAUUUUAGUCAAAGCGUCGGUUUUAUUUCAUUUCAUGGUGCCAUCAGUCACUCGAUACUGUUACAUCAAACCCCGGAGGGGACCAUUGAAAUCAUGCAUGUACUUGUUUGAUUCAGGAUGGUUAGGGUUAAAGUAUCCAGGCGUCUUACAAUUGCAGUUGCUUAGAUACAAGGGAAACGAAAUUUAAAAAUGGGUACAGGCUUUUGGCAGGCAAGGUCUAAAUGCCUUUGCAGCUCAUCUGUGCAGUGGUAUGGUUGCAUUUGUUCACAGCUAGUCACCUGUGCAUUCCAGAAAAGUGUUGCCAUGUUUUCCAUCAUGAGGGGCAUGUUCAUUGUUCAUAAAAACUUCUUUCUCUAACUUAAUUAGGCGACAAAAACUACAUUGCCACAGUUAUUGAUAGGAAUGUACAAAGCACUGGUCAUCUUCAAUAGUGAGCAACAUCAUUCUAAGAUUGAUUAACCUUCUCAGCAGAAUCUGCUACUUCUUGUAAAGUAAGUGGUUAGCAGGUUGUGGCUUGCAAACAUUACAGGAAUAUGUUGUUUUUGAAGUCAGAUAAAUUACCUCAUAUGCUUCAACUUCACGCUGGAAACACUCGUGCAAUGUUGCAAUCAUGGGUGAAGUUAAUUCUCAGAGUUUAAUGAGAGAGAAAGAGAAACAAGAAACAACUUAAAAGACGAAUGAAUCCACUGAAGGCAUUCUUUUCCCUCUUAUCUGUGAGGAUUGCAUUUACAUGUACAUAUUUUCCUCUCAGACUGUGCCUACUACACUUUGCAGAGCAGAGUUUCCAUAUCUGAUCUGAUGAGCAUGGCCUGAAGUCUGUUCCCAUUGGUAUAGACUGUGUGGUAGUGUUAAAUCCUGUCUAUGGUAUGGUUAUUCCAGGUUAUGGUGGUACCUAUCAAGGCUAUGGCAUUCUUGUUCCAGCCCAUGAUACCGGUAUUGUUGUCCCGGUUUUGUGGUGAUGCUGGGCCCAACCCAUGACAUUCUUGUCCAGGUCUUUGUUAGUGUUAACCCAGUCUGUGGUAUCUGCCCUUAGCUGGGCCAAGAGAGGGCGCAAUUUUCCUAGAAACACAGGCUCCUUUGGUAGGAACUGUACUUCGCUGGUUCACAAAGGACUAUAUAAUGCAUGCAUUACUGUCGUGUUGCUACUGACAAAUGACAUUCCCCACCAACAUGGCUGUUGUCAACUGAUGAGGGGGUGCUUCUGCUCAAGGCGGAUCGUUAAAUCAAUCCAUGUCAGUGUGGGAAUCAAGUCCUUUUCUGAGUUCAAGGAGUAAUUUUGGUGCAAAUUUAAGCAGUGUUUCAGUCAGUCCAUCACAAGUUCUUUCACAAGUUCUUUGAACAGCAACAAGAAAACACUGCUCCAGUUCAUUGGAAUACAUUGUACAUGUAGGACUUGGCUUUGAGACUGGCUGGUUUGUGAUGGACUUGCAUGGACUGAUUAUGGACACCACUAGAUGCACCAAGGCUGUGUCGGUAGUGUUUCUGAUUUAACUACAGUCAAAUUUGUAUUUGUUGAUGCACAACCUGGAAUUGUUAUUGGAGUACUCGGAGCAAGUGGUCUGUAGAAAGUCUUAGUUCCUACUGUCUUAUCCCUUAUUUCAGUAUGUAUUUGCUGGGCUCAUAAAAGGAUCUGACUGUGGUACCUGGUUGCAGUCUAUGGCCCUUUCGGAAAUGAGCUUUCACUGCUACGGCUAGGUCUGUCUGCGCAUGCUUGUUUCCAAUGGAGUGAAGACCUAGACUUAGCUCUAGACAACAGAUUUGGAUGCAGCCUAUGAUAUUGUAAAUCCAUUCCAAGGAAGGGUCACCAUCAGGCUGUGACCAAAACCAACAUUGGUGGUUUUGGCUCUGGCUAUUCACCACAGUGUGUCGGCGGCUGAGUAUGAAUCCAUAGCCAUAAAUACUCAGUUUGGAUGCAGUUUACAUUUGCACAAACCUGUGAAUCAUGGAGUUGCGGCUGGUGCCCAGUCUUGUCAGUGUAUUCCAGUACAGACAGGAUGGUCAAAGCUCCAGUCCCUCAUACUUCACUUAUUUGAACAUAUGCAGCAAGGUAUGAGACGGAGAGAACCCCCCCUGCUUUGUGCUGGUCAUUGUCUCGCAGGAAUCU